AUGGGGAGAGAUGUCGUUUCUACUGAGGCAAUUCAGCGCCUGAAUGGCAUAGAUAUUGAUUGUCAGAUUCAUUGGCAUGAUGCUCGCCCAGACUAUUCCCAGUGGUCAACCGAGUGUCGCAUGGAACAAGCUGUAGUGGUUGGUCUCCGCUACAUGCAAUCGUAUCUUCGUCCGCAAGUGAUCAUAACACAGGGUGUGUCGUUCGAAGACUCGUCGUUCUCGCAAGGGGUUAGAUCGGUGACCCAAAAGUUUGGGAUUCCUCACAUUGCUCUCCCUGGUCCUUCUAAGGAUCUUUUAUGGUUGUCCAGCUUGGAAGCUUGGAAUGAUAUACAUAUUGAGGUUCUUCUUCAAGUUCCUCCAAAGUCCUCUGGGUCUGUAAUAAGGUUAAUCCGCUCUUUGGAGGAAGCCGACUACCUCGGUUCGAUACCCAGUUUAUCUAUCGAACUUCCUCGUCAAGUAGACCCACAGCUCCUUCGUUUCCUACAAGAAAUUAAAUGGCCACCACAGUCGUCGAGCAAGGUAACCCUGCGUCGGUACAUACAACCACAUCCCAUGAAUUCAGCCGAAGCGUCUUUAAAGACCAUUGAAGCAUUCUAUCCUAGGGAUCCCAAUAUGUCCCAUGUCCUGAUGCUCGCCCCACAGACAGAGUUGUCCCCCUCUUUUUAUCACUAUUUAAAAUACACUAUAUUGAGAUAUAAAUAUUCCAAAUUUACUGAGCGAGAACCUCUCAGACUGUUUGGAAUCUCACUGGAACUUCCAUCCACGUUCCCUAAUAACGAAGAACCCUUCACCCCUCCGCAUUCUGACACUUCCAUUGUCGCGCAUAAUGAAGAACCUCUUCCACUCUUCCUAUGGCAAGCCCCGAAUAGUAAUGCGACAUUGUAUUUCGGUGAUAAGUGGGUUGAGCUUCAUUCGUUUCUUUCAAAUCGCCUUGCCGUCCAGGAAGCUGUGCCCCUGCCUUCGCCUCAGGAAAAGACCUUUUCAAGGAGAUACCCAGCUGUGAUGGAGUAUAUUCUGGAAUUGAUGCGUACAAAAGGCUAUUACCUGCUCUAUCCAGGAUUCCUGGGUAGAGAGAGUGCCCUGGCAACUGUCCACAGUGAACUAUACCAACUCUCGGAAGAAUUUUCCCAGGAUGACCCAUCAAAACUAACCAAGCCUGAAAUAAAUGGUCAUUCAUUUAAACAGCACGCUAUAGAUUCUGCAGCAUAUUUAGGGACAAUAGAGAAAUCUUUGAGUCGAGCCUCUACCUCCUAA